CGCGCUUCGGCCACCAUGGGAUGUACGCUGAGCGCCGAGGAGAGGGCCGCCUUGGAGAGGAGCAAAGCCAUCGAGAAGAACCUCAAGGAGGACGGCAUCACCGCCGCCAAGGAUGUCAAGCUGCUCCUGCUAGGGGCCGGGGAGUCCGGGAAAAGCACCAUUGUGAAGCAAAUGAAGAUCAUCCAUGAAGAUGGUUUCUCUGGAGAAGAUGUGAAGCAGUAUAAGCCCGUGGUCUAUAGUAACACUAUUCAGUCACUUGCAGCGAUCGUCCGUGCAAUGGACACCCUGGGCAUUGAAUAUGGUGACAAGGAGAGAAGGGCCGAUGCAAAGAUGGUGUGCGACGUCGUCAGUCGGAUGGAGGACACAGAGCCCUUCUCUCCAGAGCUGCUUUCAGCCAUGAUGAGACUUUGGGCAGACUCCGGCAUGCAGGAAUGCUUCAAUCGGUCCCGAGAAUAUCAGCUCAAUGACUCUGCUCAGUACUACCUAGACAGCUUAGAUCGAAUUGGAGCUGCUGACUACCAGCCAACAGAGCAAGAUAUCCUUCGAACCAGGGUCAAAACAACCGGCAUUGUAGAAACCCAUUUCACGUUCAAAAACCUCCACUUCAGGCUGUUUGAUGUUGGAGGUCAGAGAUCAGAACGUAAGAAAUGGAUCCACUGUUUUGAGGAUGUCACAGCAAUUAUUUUCUGUGUUGCACUGAGUGGGUAUGACCAGGUGCUGCAUGAAGAUGAAACCACGAACCGCAUGCAUGAAUCACUGAAGCUCUUUGAUAGUAUCUGUAACAACAAGUGGUUCACAGAUACAUCCAUCAUCCUCUUCCUCAACAAGAAGGACAUCUUUGAGGAGAAAAUCAAGAAAUCCCCAUUAACUAUCUGCUUUCCAGAUUACACAGGAGCCAGCUCCUUCACCGAAGCCGUGACUUACAUCCAGUUGCAGUACGAAAGCAAGAACAAGUCAUCCAACAAAGAGAUCUACACACACAUCACCUGUGCCACUGACACCAACAACAUCCAGUUUGUCUUUGAUGCUGUAACUGAUGUUAUCAUUGCCAACAAUUUGCGUGGAUGUGGACUGUACUAACCUCCUUCCCUGGUGUGCCCCCCCCCCCCCACUUCUCCCUCACCCUCUUGGAAAGCCUCCUCCUGGUCGAGUUGAUGGAUUCAUUUUCCUGCCUCACUCGCCUCCCCAAAUCCAUACAUCUCCCUUUGAGAUGGUAGUGUUCCCACAAGGUCCGUUUCCCAGCUCAGUACACCACUGGUGAAAAUUGCCUUGUGAACGUAAAUCAUUUUACUGCCGCGUCGGCAUUCACAGGGUAGUUCCGCCAUGAAUAGUUUGAGAGGGAAAUAGCUUAUUGGUCCUAUCAAAAUGGAGAGUGAGAAAGAGCAAAAGGAUUUCUUUUUCUGACUCCUCAAAGCUUGACAGACAAUUCUGCUUGCUUUCCCUCAUCUCCUUUCCUUGCUCUUCAGACUCUUCAUUGACUUUCUCUACUGUGCCUUUUCUGGAACGGAAGCCAGUAUAACAACCACAGUCUCACGUAUCCGCCGACCGGUCUUAGAGACCCGCUUUCUUUAUCCACAGUAUAAAAAUAGGCUAAAACCCACCUAUUCACGGGUUUGAGUGGCCAGAAAUGGCCUGGAAAUGACUUCCAGUGUCGUUUCUGGCUGCCAAUGCAAAGCCAUUUUGUGGCACUUAAAUUUUUUUUAAAAAUAAAUCCUGCAAUUUUUUGCAGAAAAUCAGAGGAAUUGGGGGUGGGGUGGGGGCAUUGCUGGAGACCCGGAGAGCAAGGAACAGUACUUUAUUUCUCUUAUUUCUGCCUCCUCCUGGCUUUUUUAGCCCUUUUUUGUUCUUGUUAGGAACCUAAACCCCACCCCAUUGACUCAAGGUUUUGUUAUUUGCUGUUUCCAUAUUCGUACCUAUAAGCAAGAACGGAACUCCGUGAAUAACAAGGGCCACCUGUAUUGCAACUAACAGAAUGGAGGCUCAAGAGAGCCCCUAAAAUCUAUAUAUUUAAACAGCCAGAAUGCUAAUUUUCUUAGAGCAACAAUCCAAAUCCUGAAGUAUUUGACAUCAAAAUGGCAAUUGGAGCACAACAAUAGUUUUAAAUGCAAAAGGGAAGUCCUGUGUGGUAAGUGUUCCCAUUUCCUUCACGUAUCUACCAGUUCCUCCAGAAGACACACAUCCUGACUCCACAUCUGGAGACACACGCUGACUCCAGUUUCUAUCCCAAAUGGAUACUAUACCGAUCAGUAGUAUGGCUUGGUUUGAGGUCUGAGGGUUGGCUGGUUGUUUUUUUAAUGUUACAAAUAAUUGGAUGUCUGAAGCAGUUGUGCUGAAGCUUUUCGGACAGGCCCAAUGAUAGGAGAAAUUACUAAAUAUUCUGAAAUAAGCUAGGGCAAGGGUUCCGGAACUCUGGUCCCCAAAUGUUGUUGGGCAGUGUCCCAAAGGCCACUGUGGCUGGGGAUUAUGGAGCUUGUAUGCUGCCUUGUCCCAUGCCCCUGGGGGGCCAUGAGGCAGCCCCCUUCCAGAACUGAUCCUUGUCUGCUUUGGCAGUGGCACCGCCAGCAGUCUCUCCUUCUCUCCUCGGGCUUCCUGCAGACUUUGCAAGAGUGUGGGCGGAGGCGUUCCUGGCCAAGCAUGCAAGGGUCAGCUCAGUCCUGCAGAGCUGCUUAGAGCUGCUUGUCGUCCUGUUGGCACCCCAAUAUUCUGCCACCUGAGGCAAUGGCCUUCCCUCGCCUCUUUGAAGAGCUGGCCCUGGUUGUAGUCCAGCAACACCUGGGGACCCAAAGGUGGGAACCCCGACUUAAGGUGUUCAAAGUGUCUUCCAGGGACCCUGGAGUUCCUCGGAAGCUUUUUGAGGCUCCUCAAUGAGAAGAUCAGCAAUGGCAGACACACUUCUCUUGGAGGACUCAUGUCUGCUGCUGCUGAUCUUUCUCUGCCAUGCAUGGCCACAGGAGGAGAUCUGCAAAGGGUGAUCCAGACUUGGGCCGGGUCCCAGAGCUGGGGCGGGCAGACCUGCCUUUUUAGCUAGUAAGCACCAUUAUACAGUGGCCUGAACCAGAGGUUCCCAAACUUGGGUCUCCAGGAGCUUUCCCAGAGAGCGGGCGUUACCACAGGUUUUCUGCCAGGCUUUACUGCGAAUUCAAAGUUGCCUAAAAAAGCCAAUGCAAGAAGUUGACUUUUUUCCUACCCCGGAUGGAAAUCGGGCUCUUUAACACACUAUGAAAGACCCGCAUUGUGUGUGAAGUGCUCCCCGAUCGCACGCAGUGACUUCAGGGGAAAUUUGGCCGAUACGGGAAUGCACCCCCUCCAUUCUGGAGCUGAUGCAAACUAAAAGCUGUUGUUGACCUGCAACUCCCAUCACCCCCAGCCACAAUAAAUGGAGAGCCAGGGUUUCCCACCCUGUGCCAGAAUCUACUCAGUUCACCCAGAGGUGCGCCUAGGUAGUUUUGGAGCCUGGACUGAAAGCCUUUGGAGCCCACCCACUUGCCGCUGCAAGUUAAUGAUCACCCCCUACACACACACACACAGAGUGACACACCAGUAUUUUUAACACCUGGGUUCUUGAGGGCACAAACAGCAACUGAACGCACAAGAAUGUAAGACAGGUAUAUUGAUGGAAAUCUGCAUGAGCAGGAACUUUUCAACUUGACGUCUUCCCACACCACCUCUUUCUUUCCGACUGCGUCUCUAAAGCAGAGGCCACACUUGCCUGCCUGACACAGGUCACAGUCAUGCUUGGCCGCCCAGCCCCCCAGCAUGGGCCAACAGCAUGGCAACCACAUUGCCUGGGACAGACUAAAGAGGACUUGGGGAUCCCGGCGGGGUGGAGGCACUGGACUUCAGCCCCCAAGUCCCGGGGUAAGAGCACCUCUGAGUUCACCUGUGGCAUCGAGGAGGCCCACCUGCCUUCGCCACCACUCUGUCCCAGUUGAUUGUGUGCUCUGAGACGUAUCCCAGAACUUUCUGAAGCACGCAGGGCUUUCAGGAUAGGAAACAGGUCCCUGAAGCAAGGAAGUCUAAGAACCACUGGCCUAAUAAUACAAUUGUGUUACUGAUAACAGUUUUUACCUCAAGCUUUAAUCACGGUUUUAGAUCUCCCUGUAGCAUCCCCCCAAUAACUCCUUUACAAGGCCUUCCUUGGGUUUUUUAGACGACAAUUCUCUUUUCUCUCCACUCGCCCCCCUUCAAAUAGGUCUGGGCUGUUCAUGGAUCACAGCCCUUGUGUCCUGAACCACAUUGUAGAAAUUGUACAGUGAUGCACAUAUCCUUGUCUGAUUGUAGGAGUGUGAGAGUAAAUCCCCCUUCUGUAAGAAGAGUGGAUGAGUGCAUGUGUGCAUGUUUAUAUGUAGUGUGCUCACACAUAAUGUGCUUGAGCCAAAAUCUGGGCCGAGUGUAGCUACCCUACAUGGCAUCAAUCCAUUCACAGUGUGGAGGAUGAGACACUUCACCACACACCUAAGGCAACAGGCGUGGUGUAAGCCCUCUGUGUGGAAGUCCAUAUGUGCAAUGGCCCAAUUAAUUCCCACCUUCUUUUUGGAAGGUGACGAACUGCACAAAUUUGGCCAUGUGCUUUCCAUGGACAGAGACUGUUGCCAGGGUAGGUGUCUGAACAUUUUUGUUCAUUUUUGCUGUACUGCCUGAAUGCCAUUAUACAGUUGAACGCAGAUCCUGAAGCUGGGAAGGACGCUUGGCCUACCCAGUUCAUGAUCAUCAGGACAGGCUCAUUGUCAACCACUAGGUAGCCCAAAGGGCCAGUUUAGGACUGAGAGGACUCUUUUGCUCAGCUCUCUGCUGCUACUUCGUCCACUGGCCUAUUCCAAGCUGGCUGAAAUGAAAAUCAUGACGUCUGCCUUCUCUACUGGGAGGGGAGAACAGAAACCCCAAGUAGCUGGCUGAGAAUAAAUGGCAUCACAAACAUUAGAGGGGAAAGUACAGGAAGCGUCAGGAAACAUGUGAAGUGUACUGCUGACAGCUUUUGUGGAAUUGUUCUCUCUCCUUCUUUCAGAGGAGGCAUUGAAUUUUGAGACUUCAAACACACACACACACACACACACACACACACACACCCCUCUGUCCGCCAUGAGUCACUGUAGGCCGGCAUCCAGCCAACACAAGUGACUUCCAGCCAGUUUUAUACCUGUAGGCCUACUGUGUUGUGCAAAAUAACAUUUUUACACUUAAAAAAAAAAAAAAAGACUGGAUCUGUAUUAUGAGAAAACUAGAAUACUCUCCCUGAAGUUUAGGUGUGCUACGCUUUUGCUUAAGGGGGAAUGACAGGGUGGCAAAUUAAACAGGAAUCUUGGUGAUACAUGGCAAACGUGCACCAAUCCUGUUCCUUGACGGCUUGCCAGGAAGCCGGGCUCAUGGGCAGGCCCAGAGUCUUGUGCCAGAAAGAGGCAAUGUGAGGGCAAAAGCAGAUUCGAACAGGAUGCCACAUAGGAUUUGAUCCCAGGCAGAGAGAGGCCAGGCCCAGGAAUACAGAUGGACAAAGGGCAUGCGAACGAGCCAAAUGGGCAGUGCAUGUGUAUUUGGCUCAGAGUAAGGCUGGUAGAGGAGAGGGCGCAGCAAGGAGGGGCAGGGGUCCAAGCAUAGCAAGGCUUUCCAAUCUUGCGUCCCCAGAUCUUGUUGGACUACAAUUCCCAGCAGCCCCAGCCACAAUCUGGCUGAUGGGAGUUGUAGUCCAACAACAUCUGGGGACCCAAGAGUCUGGCAACUCCUGCAGUAGAGCACAAUGAAAUAGGUUAUAGGGACAAAUUUAGGACAGAUUGGUACCUCUUUCCUCCUCCUCCUCCUCCUCCUCCUUUGUUUCUUGCAGUGGCUACUGGGAUCAUGGCAGCCAUCAAGAUAUGAAUGCAUUCCAACUUAUUGGAACUUUGUCUCAUUCCUGGAGCAUCAUGCAGUGCUGAGGAAUGAGUCCUGGGGCUUCUUCCAAGUGGGUUCUCCUUGUGGCUGCCCUGAACUUUCACUGCACCUUCAUUGAAACUAGCAGUGGUAUUCUGGCAGACAGCAGAGCGUUGCCAAUUCUGACUGAAGCUAUUCAUUGAGAUGUGCUUUCCCCAGUGUUUUUUCCAUUUUGUUCUCAUUAAAAUCUCCAGGAUUUCUUUUAGUGGUUGCCUGGAGAUGUAUACCAAUUUCUGUAGACCCUUGGCCAAUCUUGGAAAUACCAGAGGAGGGAGAGAUAUCAAACAAGAAGUGCCCCUCAAAGAAACAAGCCAUUUUUAUGCCAUUCUAAGGCAACUGAUCUUCUAUAGACCUAUAUAACUGGUAUAAUAGUAAUGCCUUAGAGACCUGUAUAAUAGUAAUUCCUUUCCUCUGCCCUUGGAACUGCUGUCCAGGGCAAGGAAGCUAGGGAUCAUGGGCAGAACUCUCAGCAACCUCGCCUACAGUACUUAGAAUUCUUGGGGUAGUUUUCCGUCCCCUCUUAAGAUUAAUAAUAACAGCCAUACAAAGGUGAGUCAUUCAGAAAUGGCUGUUGCACUUUUAUGCAGCAGAGCAUGUGGCCUUCUUAAAUUUGGCUUCCUCUGUGGUCUUAGCAAGCAAAAUGAUGAUGGAGAACGUGAAAGUAAGGAGAAUAAAGGAAAAGGGAAGGUCAGCCAGAGACAAGAAAAUUCAUUGGAACAUAGGAAGCUGCCUGUAGAGGCUUAAAGCCUUUGUCUCAGAGCAAGCUCAUGCAGGUGCGGAGGGAGGCCAGUGGCACCUGGGUUCUGCCCACUGCCAUGGCCCCCUAGCCCCACAUCUUGUGUCAGUGUCUGAAGUAGAGAGUGAUUAGACACACACACACCCUCUGUCUGACUUCAGGCAUGGUUUAGCUCCCAUUUGGUUUUGCUCCCAAACGGGGCCACGGGGCCCUGUUUGGGAGAUAAACCACACCCCCAUGUCUGACUUUGGAUGCAGGGUGUGUGUCUGGGGCAGGAGGCACAGCCUCUGUGGGGUGGUGGCCUGGGUUUUUUGAAUCUGUUCGCUCAAUGGUGGCUCUUCCCCUGAGUUCACGUGAGGGGAAGAAAAAUGCUGAAUCAUCCCUGCAGAGCUGCCUAGCUCGGCUUCUCCUACAACAUCUCUGUAAUUUUUGCUAGGUUCAAAAGGCUGCUGCAGCCACCCGCUUAUUGACAGAGCUUAAAUUACCCUCACUCUGAGGCUUGGGGUGGAAUCCCAGGGAAACUCUCUUUCCUUUGCUGUUGGAAAAGUUCAAAAAUCUUUCAGAUGUAUGUCCACACGUGGUGAGAAAACUGAUAGCUGUUGACCGCCUGAGGCAUGUUUGCACCAGAGUAAAAAACCCCUUUUCAGCCCCCACUUUCUCCUGAGUUAAAACCCCACUCAGAGAAGCUUGUAAAAGAAAAGAACAAAAAGAAUAACAGUUUUAUUCAAAUGCGACAGACUGCUUUCUUCUGAGGCUUUCUCAGCUUUUAGUUACAGGUAAAAAUACUCAGUAGGUCACAAGAUUACUUCAGAAAGCACCCCGAGUGAUCUUGGGGCAUCAUGCUUUAAAAAUCGUGGUUACCCAGUUGUAAGGAACAGGUAUGAAGGAAAAUACAAAAGCACAAUUAAAAGCUUACAGAGUCUUUUGCAAUGCCCUGGCUGGAUGGGCGAAGGCUAGUGUUUCUUAGGUUAAUUAAGUUACAAGUAAACAAUAACAGAACAGUAUCAGGAAUAUGCAAAACACACACAAAAGCAAUUGAAAGUCUAAUGCAAAGUCUGACUAAACAAACUUUCCCCUAGACUAAAUUCCCUGAAUCCUAAGCCCUGGCUUCCUUGUCUUGAACUCCCAAACUCUGGUUGAAAAUUCGAGCUUCCUGCCCUCCUGGCUUCCCAGGACCUGCAGAGACAUUUUCCUGUAGCCAGUUCUCACAGUCACAUGUCCUCUCUACACCCCCAGCCAGCUUCCCCUAACAAAGAACUCCUUCUUCCUCCCAGUGGCUCUCUACGUCCCACCCACCUGGUGUGUUGAUUGGCUGAGCUUUGGAGUUCACCAGCCUGUCAGUCAGGACAGGGUUCCCUUUCGGUUAACUCUUUAGGGGAGGGGUGGCUCAUCACUACACUGUCUUAUACCAAGUCAGACCUUUGGUCCAUUUGUCUCAAUAUUGUCUACAGUGGCUAUUCCAGUGGGAUUUUUGCCCAGUCCAACCAGGAACAUUUUCAGACAGCAGGCUUUACCACAGGUUUACCACAAGGCUUUACUGUGAGUUCGGGGCAUAACAGAUACUCGGGUGGAAAAAGAGGAUUUUUAACCCCGGACAUAAAUCGGGCUAGGUACCAAUUUGGAGGGGGAAACCCAAAUUGUGUGUGAAGCGCUCUCUGAAAUAUUGAAUGGACUUCAGGGUAAAUCUGGCCAAUGCACACCCACCCUCUCAAAGUAAAGUUGCUAUAAAGUUGCCAUAUGAAAAAGUUCCUGGAGGACUUCCUCCAGAGAUUGAACCUAAGACCUUCUGCAUGCAAAGCAGAUGCUUUACCAAUGAGUUAUGUGGGAAGAUCUCUGGAAUCAAGUACAGAAAUGAAACAAGUAGGGUAUUCGAUAUUAGAUAAAUGUCAAAUCAAAACUGAGCUGAAGAUAAAUUGAAUGUGACAUUCCAAAAGACCUGAAGUUUUUAUUCUGAGUGGUGACUGGUGGGAUCUGGAUUUGGGAAUGCAAAAUAGUACUUUUGUUUUGUGAAAUUGGCUAGCAACUCAAGGGUCUGUACAAGUAUGGAUUCUGGAUGGAAAACAAGGUCCAAAUCUCAUUGCCCAGCAUAAUAACUGGGCACCCAAAGUAAAUAAUGGAUUCAGUAAACCAGACCUCAUUCUUUGAAUUUUGUCAUACUUCAUAGCUUCCAGUAUUAAUGUAUCAGAUUCCAAAUGCAGGUGGCAUUUUAUUUCUAUCAUAGUAGAACCUGUGGAGAAUUGCUGGGAAGAAAAAGGGGUUAUGCCAUUUGACCAUACAAUGAAACUGAGUUUAGUUUAUAAUGGUUAGUUGUGCUUCUCUUGAGUGAGGCUUGUACAAUGGCUUUUUGUAUCAGCCUGAUAUGUGCUCUGAUACUAGAUCUAAGACCUGGGAGCUGAAAUUUUGAAAUAAUAAAAAUGUGACAAAUAUAUCAAAUUUCACAAUUUGGAUUUUGAUUCCGAAAUCUGACAUCAGGAUCCAAAAUUCAGGUGUUUGGGGGCAUUUACACCUAUUUCCUGAUUUUGUUAGAUGAAUGAAUGGUGUCUAGUCCAAAAUUCGCUAAAUGCUCUUGCAAAUCGCAUCCAAAGGGAUGCUGGAUACUGAAUGGUUUAUGAAUAUUUUUUGGAAAGUUGCAUAUCCAAAAGAUAUUUGGAGAAUACUCAUAUUUACUUUUCCAGAGAAGGGGUUUUGGUAGUAAGUCCAUAUCUGAUACUCUCCUGGAUCAGAAGUGGAUGUGAAAUAGGUUGAUAAUAUCUGGGUUUGUAUGCUUCUCUGGGACCAUGGGAUUCUCUGGGAGUCAAAAUCUUUUACCAGGCACAGAGUGUAGACUAUCCUCUUGGCAAAUGGGCGGAGAGGGGAGGCGUGUCUUUCUUCAGCAUCACAGGAAGUUUCCAGUGACAACAGUGUCAUAUUCUGUAGGCAUGCAGUCAACUGGGGAGCAGCAAUUAUGCUACUGUGUGUAGAAUCCUAGGGAACGAGUCAUGGUCUGCAAGGACAAGGCAGUGGAGUGGAAUCAGGAAUAUUCAUAGUGGAAUAUUCAUAGUGAAAUAGCUAUUCUGCAGAGAGGCAAGUGCAGACUGCCUUUUCCAUGCUCUUGCUGCUGGCUGUUUGUUAGCCCCACCUCUACUCUAGGAGUAGAAUACAGGUAACUAAAGCCCCAUUCAAAAGCUGGCUGGGCUCAUGGAAUGGAUUGCCAAAAAACAUUACACUGUGAACCCCCUUUACACAUCAGAAUUUGCUUCUUUAAAAAAAAAAAACGCUCUGAAGAAAGAUGAACUAUUCACAGAAUGGUGCAGCAUUCCCUUGGGAAGUGUCCUAUUUUUAUUUUUAUUUUUAUUUUUAAUUAAUGUGUGUGGACAGAGUGAGACAAAUGUAAAGCAAUGGUGCAUUUAUUGUCUAAAACCCGAUUGUGUAGAAAGAUGCUAAGAAUCACUGAAGGAAGGCAAGAGGAACAAGUUGAAGGUUGGGGCAAGUGUGGGGAAUCAAAGUCUGCAUUCCCAGGGGAAAGGAGAAGGUUGGAGAUGAAUUGUAUGGAAGGGGGAAUCGGUGGAUGUUCUAGGAAGUGCUGAGUCUAAAAGCACAUGCACGCUAGGGUCGUAGUUCAGUGAUCAAGCUGUGAGCCAGCAAUUCCCCUGUUCAAAUCUCACCUCUGUCAUGGCUUUUAGAUGCACAGCUUUAGCCUCCUAGCUGUUGUUGGGCGACAACUCGGGAGCUGAUGUCCAGUGACAGCUGGGGGACCAAAGUUGUCCAGCUCUGGAAUAUGGGGCCGAGAGGUGGGGCACAAAUAUACCGGCCUACUUUGCUGUUGUAAGGAUUACUGAGAAAAUGUGUGUGGACAUUCCACAAUGCAAUGUCUGCUAUCACACAGGAAGGUGUGUGGAGCACAAAUCCUUUCCUUCCAGCAUUCUUUCACUUGAAUAUGACUAAUCUGGGGAGUUAAAGAGCAGUGAAUAGGUUGGAUUUUUCUUGAAUUGUUUCCAAAGCACAGUGAGGCUCCUUGUCCAUGUUAGUUUAACAAGAAGAAAUGUACUAAUUACCCAGGUGAUGCAGUGAAACCCAGGUGUGUUUCCGUAUUCUUAAAACAGAGCCAAAGCAGCAACAUAAUUCCUCACUUUAUCAUUGCCAUCUGCAGGGACAGGGAAGCCUGUUGACAGCAACACCUUCCUUUUUCCCCCCCAUUGCAAGCACUGGGCAUUCUCUUUCCUCACCGUAGCAAUACAUCAGUAUUUAGCAUCAAAGUUCCCUGCUGUAAUAGCAGCUGGCGUUUUAAACACACAUAUCUUCUCCAGCAUUGAAAUACCCCAUGAUACUCAAGUAAGGGCUGUAGAUAGUCCCUGCUGUUUAAAAACGGUUAACUUUCUGCAGCCUGGCAAUCCUAAUUCUGCAAUCCAAAUUCUUCACCAAGAAAAGCUGGAUUCUGCAAACUGACAUUAUUGCUCUUAAUUUGCAUAAUAGUAUAUUUUGAUUUUUAAAAAAAUAUAUAUUGCAUAAUUUAUUCCAUUAUGGGGAGGGACAAGAACAAUGAACCUGCGCCCCCAACUAGUGGAAAUCUUAUUCAGCCAUCUCUCUAGCUUCUGAGAAUACAGCAGCAAUUGCCCAGAUACACUUACAUGUACAUCUGUGCAUCCACAGGGACUAGAAACUUACUUUUUGGGGGGGAAAGUUGAGGUUUUGGGGCAGCUGGGUUCUUUGCCCAUUGCCACUUUCUGUGCUCUGGCAGAAUUGGGACCUACACGAAGUCCUUUCUGUGUGCCCUGUAUUCACAAGUAACAAUUCUGACAUCAUGAUUGUACACAACUGAAAUAUUAGUUCCCUCCACUGCACUGAUCUCCCAGUAACAAAACAUUGGUUUGAUAAAUUGAUUAUUGACAAAUUGAUUAUUUGGAUUUGUAGCAAACAUGUUUGUCAUGUAAACAUUGGUGCUUGCAGCACUAAAAAACCCUAACGUGGAAGGAACCAGAGAAUUCCAAGCUUAAAAGAAAUAAAGUCUUAUCUCUUCUGCAGGGCAAAAGGCUUUAACAAUAACCUCUGAACAUUGUACAGAACUCUGCAGCUUUUAAAUGCCUUCUUUGAGAAACUUAGGAUAGCCUGCCUCUCUCUCUCUCUCUCUCUCUCAACAACUUUUCAAUUUUAAAGUACAGUAUUGCAUUCUUAAUGUCAUGAAACAUUUGCAAUACAAAGAAGGUUAACUAAGCCAGAGAUAAAAUGACAUUAAAAUGGAACAUAGUAACAUUGUAAAACUUUUCUAAAAGCAUGCCAGUUGGAAUUGCAACUUUAGGCUGGUGAAGUGGUUAAGAGCGCAAGCUGUGAGUCAGGGAGGCUGCAGUUGAAAAUUCAGCUCAGCAACGGACUUGUUGGGUACAGGCAUCUGUACCUAACUGAAGCAUAGGGUCUGUAGUCCAACAACAUCUGGAGACCCAAGUUUAAGGAUGUCACCUGGGCUGUGCUAGUAAAACAAUGUUUUACUGCAUUGCAUAUUAUUACACAUUUUGCAACUAUUUUUUAACCAACAGCCUGGAUUUAUCCAUUUAACAACAGUUCAGUAAGACUCUAAACAGGCAGUCACUGAAACAGAAAUCAGGCCAGAUUCAAGUCACAUGUCCAGGUUGGAAGCAGUCUGGCUUCAUGCCUCCAAUUUGACAUCUUUUACACAGAACCGCAUUGGCUGUAGAAUGCCAGGUAUCAAGUCUUACUUCCCUAUUUAUAUUUGUCUGUAGUUUUUUAAAAAAAUCAAUAAAUUUAGAAUGCACGUCUACAAUGUUCAGUAUAUUUAGAAUAGGAAAGCGAGCACCCCCUCUUCUUCACACACACCCUUAUGGCCACUCAUGAUGGGGGAGACCUGGCUCGGUAGCAGGACAUAUGAAAGGGACCUAGCUGUUGAACACAAAUUGAACAUGAGCCAACAGUGUGAUGCAGCUGCUAAAAGAGCGAAUGCAAUCCUGGCUGCAUUAACAGAGGAAUGUUCAGAUUAUGAAAAAUAAUCACUCCACUCUAUUCUGCACUGGUCAGACUUCACUUUGAAUCCUGUGUCCUGUUUGUGACCCCCCACAAUUUGAGAUGUACCUUCAAAAACAGGGAUGGGUUCAGAGGAUGGUGACAAAGAUGGUGAGGGGUCUGGAAACCAAAUCCGGUGAGGAACAGUUGAAGGAGGGGGUACGUUUAGCCUGGAGAAGAGAAGAAUAAGGGGAGAUAGGAUAGCUCUCUUCAAAUAUCUGAUGGGCUGUCCCAUAGAAGAAGCAGGCUUGCUCUCUGUUGCUCCUGAGGGCAGGACUGGAACCAACGGGUUGAAAUUUCAAGAAUGUAAAUUCAGGCUAGAAAUUCAGAGGAACUUCCUAAUUGUGAUAGCUGUUUGUCAGUGGAACAGCCUGCCUCAUGCAGUGGCUGGGCUCUUCUUUGCUAGAGGUUUUCAAACAGAAAGCCAUCUGUUGGGGAGGCUGGAGCAGUUUCCUGUGCUGAGCAGCGAGGUGGACUAGAACAAGGAUUCUCAACUUUGGGUCCCCAGAUGUUAUUGGACUUCAACUCCCAUAAUCCCCAGCCCCAGUGGCCUUUGGUUGGGGAUUAUGGGAGUUGAAGUCCAAUAACAUCUGGGGACCCAAUGUUGAGAAUCCCUGGGCUAGAAGACCCCUGAGGUCCCUUCCAACUCUAAAAUGCUAUGAGUCUAUGACUAAAUAAAAAGGGAAAUGCCUUCGUGUCUUGUUCUGUGGUGUAGAAAACCUUAAGCAUAUCCACAUGAGCAUAUUUGCAGGUCUCCGAUAUGCUCACUUUAGAGGUUCUACUUCCCUUGGUCCCCACAUCAGUACUGCAAGUAGGGUGGGGAGUUCUCACUGAUGCAGAAGGACAAAAUAGGGAACACAAUCAUGCUAUCCUGACAUUUAAAUAAUGUUCGCCAUCUUCCGUAUCCCCAAAAUCUGACCAUGCAGCCUGCUGGAUUUUUGCCUCAGCCAGCUUUUUGCCAAUUUGCUGACUUCAACUCUCUCGAGGACCAUCUUUGUUACCUCAUCUCAGUCCAGACACUAGGCCUGUCUCUAGAUCUGUUUUAGGGGUGACUGCCCUCUCACUUCCCUCUUUGCUGUCUCACGGGCACAUCCUUUGUCGCUCUUUCUGCUCUCUUCCUUGGAAGAGCACUGCUGGUCCUUGCAGUUCUUGUUGGCCAACUGCCCUUUCAUUCGGCCGUCUUAGGUCAGACUCCAUUUCAAUCUCAUCGGAAACCUGAUAUUGAUUAAGCCUUUAUCCCAGCGUACCCAUUUCUUACCUAAAUCACCACCUACACUGGGGGAAGCCAGAGAUCCAGUUGAUGCACCCAAUGCAGUCAGCGUGCAUUGGGUAGAGCGUCAGCUUUAGAACUACUCAUUGCCUUGGUGCUAGCAGUGAUGCACAUUCCUCCCAAGAGGUGUCAUUAGGGGGUGUCCCAUGGGACAUUGGCCCCCAAUGAAUGGCUUAGCACCCCCAAUCUCAUCAGCCACUUCUUUCUCAAAUGUGUGGCCGGGGCGGGGGGGUUGCCUGUGCUGUUUCUGCUGCUUCAGAGGCAACCUUUGCUUCUCAUCUCUGUCUCCUCCCUAAAAGGUGUUGUGCUAGGGACAAGACAGAUACUUUAGCCCCCAAGACACCACUUGUCUCUUCCAAUUUCCAUUUGGGGAGGAGUCAGAUGUCAUUAUUCGGCGGCGGUGGGGGAGGGACAGGACAUGAUUGAACUGAAUUAUUAAAAGGAGGGCUGUGGUCACAGGCCCUGAUCUUUUAAGUCAAUGCCCCAUUCCUGUCCACAACAAAAAAUGUUGUCAGCUGUUUUGAUGCAUUCUGGAAGAACGUUGCAGUUGAAAUGCACAUCCCGAUCCUUUGGCCAACUUCCUGACUAACGGCACACUUGCAGGAUGUUGUGCUUGCACUAGGAGAGCUGGUCUUGAGGUAGCAAGCAUGAAUUGUUCCCUUUGCUAAGCAGGCUAUGCCCUGGUUUGCAUUAGAUGGGAGACUACCUGUGUGAGCCCUAUAAGAUAUUCUCCGGAGGAGAUGGAGCCACUCUGGGAAGAGCACCUGCCUGCUUGCAUGCAGAAGGUUCCAAAUCCCCUCACUGGAAGCAUCUCCAAGACAGAGCUGAGAGAGACACCUGCCUUUAACCUUGGAGAAGUCGCUGCCGGUCUGUGGAGACAAUUCUGAGCUAGAUGGACCAAGGGUCUGACUCGCCAGGAGGCAACUUCCUAGGUUCCAAAGGAUGUUGCACUGGUGAGUUCCACUACAUCGGGAGCUUGUUUUCCAGAUGAGCAUUGCACUAGCAUAAUGCGUGACUGCCUUAAGGACAUCCUUUGCAUAAUGCGUGGCCGCCUUAAGGACAUACUUUGCACAAGGAUGUCGUGCAAAGAAAGGAGCAUCUGCUUGGGACCAAUCCCUGCACUAGCAGUAGACAUUGACAAGCCACACAACACCCGUUGCCCAACCCUGUGUAUGGCCUGGAGGAGGUCUUCCACUAGCAGUUGUGCAACAUCAUGGGACACCACAGCAGCCCCCACCUGCAUGGAGCCUAAGAAACGAUGAGUCAUAGGCCCAUGCCUAUGACUCAGCAAGGGGGGUUCAAUGGAACCAGACUCACAUCCCCCCCAUGGUGGCUGCCAUCUUGACAACAAAGGAACAAAGCUGCACUCGCCUAGGAAGGUUGCCGAGUUGUGCAAAGUUGUGGUGUUCCAUGACGUUGCACAACCGCUAGUGGAAGACAUACUCUAGGACUUGCACAUGACUGCCCCCAAAGGGCACACAAUCACAAGAUAACGUAGGGUAGACACCAGCAACAGCCACUGCAGGGCUGGGACUAGAUAGGGCCAGGUGCUCUCCCCCUACUAGAUGUAAGAGAAUCACCACUUUGAUAGAGGCCCUUUUGCUCAGUCAGCAAGGGGAUGCAAGCAGAUGCUCUGCUCAUGAGCUUUGGCCUCCUUCCUCUCAAGGGAAUAUCUUUCAGCAGACAGCAUCCGCAUGUAGUCCCCCACCCAACUGUAAACCUUACUGAGCAGAGGGGUCAAUACUACCUCAAGGCUGUCGUCCAACAAUAUCGGAGACCAGAGUGUGAGAACGCCUGCACUAGUCAGUUGCUGGUGGGGAGGAAGGACUAGGAAGGGGCGCAGAGAUCCAGCCCCUCCUCCUCCGUUGCCCUGCCCAGAUGCCUAAUUGACAUGUUGUCCAUCAGUUUUCUGACCCAAGCCAGUCAGACUGAGUGAAGAACUGCAUAUUUAGCUGGCCUUUGCUGCCAUGGUGCCUCGCCGGCUAGGGGAAGCUUUCUUAACCUUGGGUGCCCAGAUGUUGGGCACCCAUCAUCUCCAUGCCACAAAGGCCAUGCCUGGGGGUGAUGGGAAUUGUAGUCCAACAACAUCUGGGCACCAGUGUUCUCUCUAAUUUCGUGGGGGGGGGAUGGAUUUGUUCUGGGCAGGAGUAUCAAGGCACUGUGUGCACACCUACAUUCAGAGUGGGGCCUUCCUGAUUCAGUCUGAGUGGGAUCUAAAAUUAACUGAGUGGACAUUAAAAAAAAAACUUGUGAGCACGCACAUGUGCACAAGCCAAAAAGGGAACCCUGUUGAGCACCCAAGGUUAAGAAACUCGGGGCUAGGAAUAACCCAACGCAGAAACCUGGGUUUUGCAUUAAAGCCAUCAAGUUCAUUAGGCUUCUAUUUCUAUCUCACUUAUUUUUCCUGCAAUAGCUGUUCACACACACACACACACACACACACACACACACACAUUUUUGACAGGUCACUGACACUUGCGAAAUCCUCCCUUUUCUUUGCCAGUUAGUUGCAGAAUCGGUUUCCCCCCCUUUUGCAUGUUUGAUUGGCCUGAACUGUAUUAACUGUCGUUGUAUGGAGUGUGAAUGUGACAGUGUGUUGGUUUAAUAGCUCUUUUACUUCUUAUUGUAAUAAUUUAUUGGUUGUCAGCCCUGUAAUUUAUUAGUUACCAAAUGUUAAUAAAGUGCCAGCUCUUUUCUAG